AUGAUCACUUCCUCACCCACAAUCUCGCAACCGCCCUCGCCGAACACGACCUUCCACACGCCUAGCCACCGCCCGUACCAUGCCUCGCGACGCACAUCGGCUUCCUCCAGCGCCCACUCGCCCCGCUUUGCCGUGACCACGGUAGCCUCACGGCGAUUCGACGCGCCGCCCACCCCAAAGCCCGCCUUCUCGGCGCCCUCGCCAGUCCCGACGUUUGCGCCCUCGCCCCAGAGCCGCAAGAGGGGAUACGUCGACUCGGGCACCCAGUACUCGCCGUCUGGGUUUCCCCCGACAUAUCGGCCGCAGCCCAGCAACCGCAGCAGUGCCGAUAUCGCUCUCGAUUCCUCCACCCUUGACCAGGACCAGGACCAGGACCAGAAAACGGCCGACCCGACGUCUUCCAGCGCUCCUGCCACUGUGCCUACACCGCGGGGGGAUACCUCCGCCGCGCCUGCCGUCACGGAGCCCCCCGAGCCCCAAGUGCGGGUGAGUCCGCAGCCCAUCGCGCCCGCGAACAAUGUGCAACCUCAGGGUCGCCGCAUGUCGCACGAGAGCACGCAUGCGGAAGUAGAGCCAGCCGGGGUGCAGAAAGAGGAAAGCACUGUCUUGCAGGUUCCUGCCUCGCCAGCUAAGAGAGCGAGGCCCGAGGAGCCAGGCGUCAAGGUCAUGCCUCUUCAGUAUGAGACGUGCGACGUCAAAGACCUUGGUGUGCUCAUCUCCGACAUGCUCAUGGAGUUGGUGCGGCUCAACGACGGUUACCCGCUGCGCGACGGCACACUUACACGAUUCCACUCCAGAGCCCCGCCGGGCAUCUCAGUACGAGACUAUCUCUCCCGCCUCAUAGUGCACGCUACACUGUCUCCGCCUAUUCUCCUCUCCAUGGUCUUCUACGUCGACAAGCUGUGCGCCAUGUACCCCGCCUUUACAAUCAGCAGCCUUACCGUGCAUCGAUUCCUCAUAACUGCUGCGACAGUCGCGGCCAAGGGCCUUAGCGAUAGCUUUUGGACCAACAGCCUAUAUGCAAGGGUCGGCGGCGUUAGUGUCCGUGAAUUGGCGUUACUCGAGCUGGAGUUUCUGCGGAGGCUCGAAUGGCGCAUUGUCCCAAAGCCGGAAGUACUCGUAGAUUACUACAAAGGUCUGGUCGAUCGUGGCGCAGGAUACGUUAUAGAGAAGGAACCGAAUUCAGGGCCGACGGCCAACUCGAACCACGUAACCACGCCUACGGGAUCAGCGACAGGGAUACACACCAAUCAAUCAGGCACAUAA